CUCCACAAAGCCUCUCUGAGUAAUUUCAGUACUGAGACACAGGAAUCUGGUUCUGAGUGAAUGUUAAAAGCGACAUGAGCAAAGAGGAGCUUUGAAAUAAUGAAAUGGUAUAACAUCGUGUGGCAGUCAGUAGCUCAGUAACUGAGAAGAAGAGGAGGCUGGUUAAAGUUCAUCUGUUCCUCGGUAUAUUUCCUCUAUUGAAAAGGGGCGUGGCGCAUGUUCUUAAAAAAAGAAGAAAAAAGAAAAAAAAAGAAAUUGUCUUGGUUAUAAGUGACACAAACAUGAUGACUACAUUAUUUUGUUGAUGGUAGUUUCAGUUUCCUGUUGACUUUUUUUUCCUCCUCUGGUUAACUACUGCAUAUUCAUAGCGGCAAUGUGGAUGUGGUGGAAAGGCACCACACAGACACCGCUCAGAGGGUCUGAAACCACAUCCUUAGUCACGCCAGUUAUGAUGACGCCUGUGACAGAGGCUGAGCAUUAUUCCACUAAACGUUCUCACACAGGCAGCGGUGCAUCAGUGACUCCGUUAGCUAGCUGACUGAUUAGGUGGCAGGAUUAUAAAUCAAAAAGAGUUGCUGAUAACAGUGGGUCGUCCCCAUGGCGCUCAAACCUGUGUGCUUAUUGAUGCUGUGGGGCCUCACGCUGUCGAUUCAUGCCACGUCUUCAUGCAUUGUGACCUGCUCAACGGACUAUGAAACUCUACUGAACUGUUCCUGCUCAGACUCGAUGCCGACGCAUCCUGUCACACUCCAAGUCACUUGCAGUGGUGACGAUGAAGAGGUUGAAGGCAGCUGUGAAGUCAAACCGCCUCAGUCCUGGUGCAUAAUCGCCCCGAAGAACUUUGAUGACGUUACCUCAGUUGGAACCGUCUGUAGAGCUAAAGUCAGCCGACAAGACAAUGGAGAAAUAAUGAGUGAGUCACCCAGCUGGGGACUGUGUGAUGUGGUGAAACCAGAGCCUCCUUCCAAUGUUCAAGUGACAAACACAAAUGGAGUCUACAACAUCACCUGGGACAGCGACAACCAAAAAGACUGUCUGGUGUACAGUGUGCGCAUCAGAGAGAGCAAAGACCUGUCGGAGCAUCCAGCUCUCCCCCUUUUUAUGGAAAAAAAGUACAUUGAGUUAGAACAUGACAAAUUCCAUCUGCAUGUCAACUACACUGUGGAUGUUCAGGCCAAAAUGUGUCCCGACAACACUUAUCAUGGUCCGUGGAGUGAGUGGAGCGCUACUGCAGAGUGGAGAACACGAGCUUCUGUAGAGAGUGAAGGAAGUAAUAAACACUGGUGGUGUAUCCCGGUUGGACUCUUUCUUAUCCUCGGCAUCGUGUUGCUGGGUUACUUACAAAAGCCGUUUUGGCAGAAAAAGCUCCAGCUGAUCACAUACAUCCCCAAGCCAGAUGAGUUUUUCAAGCCCCUCUACCACAACCAUGGAGGGAACUUCAAGGAGUGGGUGAAGCCUGUAUUCAACGAGUACGAUUACCUAAAGAUCGACUCACACGUUCAGCCGAUGAGCGAGAAGCAGCACGACAUCCUCCAGUGGAACAACGAGAAGCAAAGCUACAGCGAGGACCAUGAGACCAAAAAAGGUGGUCACUUCCUCCAUAUGCUGCAGCCUCACAGCAACUUGCUGCUGCACUUCCAGGACCGGGACAGUUCGCAGGGCACCAGCCACUCUGAGGGACACAUCUCCAUCCAUACUGUAACCCUGUCCGGAGAAGAGUUCGAGGAGGAGGUCAUGUCACAGAGCUCCGUGAACACCCUCAGGAGUUUCCAAGACGGAGAAAGCUUUGGUUCAUUUGAGGAAGACAACAGAGCGCACGCUGGCUAUGAUUUAGGGGGACCACAGCUGUCCAGCAUGGACAGACAAAGUGGGGUAUUACCACAGCAUGAGAACCAAAUAUCCAAUGAGUUAUCAGUGGAAAAUAUGAACUUUCAGCCACAUGCCCAGUUUCAUGAACCAGAGAGGCUAUCACUCGACUCGUUCGCCUCAAACGAGCAGUCAGAAGACGGCUACCCCCACGUGGACUUGGACACCAUUGACAGUGGCUUUGUAGAGUGCAGCAGCCCUGGGGCCUCGGACUCAAACACAGGAGAAAACAUAGACUCGGAUUUAUUUCAUGAGCACCAAAACUUAAAUUCUAACUACGUCAAGCAGUGGAUGAUAUGUAACACUAUUCAGGAGGACUCCAGCAAUGCACAGAAUGAACUACGGGAAACACAGUGAUUAUCGCUGCUGGUUUAAUGACACAAUUAAAGCUUGUAGUUUAAAACAUGGGGACGUCGUUGACAUUUUCACAAAAGAUAUUUGAAUUAAAGUUCAAGUUGUCCGGUCAGCACAUAAUCCUGUAUGUCUUGUUCAUCUUGAAAUGUUGAUCUGUGCACUUUUUACUUUGUAUGUAAAUAGUCAUGUUCCUUUGUCUGAAUUUUGCUUUUGAAAGACCAUUCAAAGAGUGUGCCAAUGUAAUAAUCUUCUCUUUUUCUAAUUGUCUUUUACGCUAACAUAAUUCAUCAAAACAAAUUUUAAAUGUAUCUAUUUAUUAAUAGAUCAUAGUAAAAAUUAUAUUUUAUUCUGAUGGAACACUUCAUAGACUUCACAUGCAACACAGGAUCAAAACGUUGCACACUGCUUUGGUUCAUACUGCUGGAGAAUGUCUUUUGUCACUGUAUUUACAGCUUCAUACUCUCAUGGUCAUGCAUGCUUCAUUAGCCUGUGCUGCAGCCUUAGCAUGCCUGCUGCCUUAUCAAGAUGUCUGAUAAUGUUUGUUUUCCUUGUAUAUGCAUUUUGUCUGUAACCACUGUAACCAUCCAUCCUGUUUUGUGCAAUGUCAGUAAAAAGCAAACUGGAACAAAGUAGAAACUUGUAGAAACAUUGACCUCAUUCAUCAGAGGGCAUUUGUUGUCUUUCACCAAAUGCCAUUUAUUAAGUUACUGUACAUGCACAACUAAGGAAGUGCAACCGUGAUAUUUUACCAUUCUCCUGGAAAACUCGAAGCUAAAAAACACUGAAAAAAAGGAUCGGUUUUUAGCUGCUCUGGGCCAAUGUUAUGUAUUUUUUUUCCUAUUCUUGACAAAUUUGUUUAUGACAUUACAUCAUGAUAUAUUUAAAUUGUGUCAAGGUACAUAUUUAUCAGGUUUUGAUGAUUAUCUUGAACUGAUAAUAUCAAACAGUGAGUGUCUGAGGGUGGAUUUUUCCUACUGAAAGGGCUCCUGAUGGGUCCUGUAGUGGGAGGGGGAAGUGUGUAUCAUUUACUUUCCAUAUCCUGAGUUUCCCUGCCAGCUAAGGCCUCACACAGUUGCUUUUUAAAGUCUGUUUCUCCAUCCUACACCAGCCUACCUGUUUCUGUCUACACUUUCCACACAAUCCAGUUAAUAAUCAUUUUUGAUCAUGUAAAUAAAAUCUGUAUUCACACAGAG